AUGUCAAUUCUUGGAGGUCUUACAUUAUUUAUGUUGCUUCGGCAAGCAGCUGGCACUGGAUGUACAGCAACAGCCCUUCUGAUUUGGUUUGAUCAGAAUAAAGAUUGUUUUGCUCAAUGUGCUAGUCUUGGUGAUUAUGCUUGUGUAUUGAGUGUCAACGGAAAGAUGACUGAUAUGACUGAAGAUCAUCGAGUAGCUAGUGCGAAUAAACGAGCUAGGAUAGCACGAAGCGGGCAGCCCCUGAAAGAUGGUGAAGUCCAUCUUUGUGGACUAAAUCUUGCCAGGGUGCUUGGAGAUAGGUUUCUAAAGGAACAAGACUCACGCUUCAGCUCAGAACCAUACGUGAGCCCAGCCAUUGACAUUGCCAAAGCAAGCACAGCUUUUGCCGUUAUUGCUAGUGGUGGGCUUUGGGAUGUUAUUACUAUGAAAAAGGCAGUGCAGCUUGUUGCUGAGGUGAAAGAGCUCUGUUUGUUAGUUAGGGAGAACAAUGGCGACAACUCCUCAGCCGACAAAAUAGCCAGUCGUGUAUUAAGUGAAGCUAGGAAUUUGCGAACCAAGGACAAUACAUCGGUUAUAUUUGUAGGUUUUGACAUUUUGAGAACAGAUCCUUGUAUCACCACAUGA